AUGAAAUUAUACACGUCCAUACUAACACUUUCCGCGUGCGUUCUACUGGCACACGCGGCCUCAAUCCCUUGUGAUAAAAAUGUAGAUGAUCUCUCUAACGUUGAUUUCGACGAUGUCGCCGUGAAACCUGAAUUAACGGACCAGGUCCCGAUUAAGGAAGUCGAUAACAGCCUAAAGAAAACGAUUGCUGAUAUACCCGUGAAAGUCGUCGAAGAACCGACCGUGCUGGAUGAAAACUCAAACGAUUACGUACCCAAGGAUGAUGACAGCAUUGUAGUCAAGAGGCUCGAAAUCGACUUGUCUAAUCCGGGAGAACCGCAGCGACAGGAACAUGAAACGCAAAAUCCUGAAAAUCAUGGCGAGUUAGAAAAAGCUCUUUUUGGUAUUAAAAAAUCUGCUAUUGACGCAGAGAAAGCUUUCAAUGAAGGAUUUAAGGAGGUAUCUAACAGUUUCAAAACUCUUUUCGGAGCGAAAGAGAACCUGCCGGACGUUCAUCAGAAGUUAGAUAACUUGAGACAUUCUUUCUCGAAUCAGAUCGAGAAACUUCACGAGACAGUAAAAUCUAAUCUUAAAUCGGACAAGACAUCAGAGGAAAAGCUUAAAACCGCUGAAUCGUACGUCGAAAAUUUAAAGAAAAAUUUCGAUGCAGGUAUUGAUACUUUAAUAGAGGGCGUUGAGGUUCUCACCAUUAUUAGAGAGGAAGACGAAGCAAUAAAAACUAAAUCGGUAGUAAGUGAAACCGAUGGAGUUGCAAAAGGUGAUGGUGAAAAGCCUAGUGCAGGGAAUACCGAAAGUACCCAAGCUCCGCCGACGUCUGGUAUCGGGUCAUUUUUGACAAAUUUCCAAAACGGAAUUUCUAGCCUGUUCACCAACUUUAAUCAAGCUUUACAAAACAACUUCUCUGGUCAGCCAGGUGGUCAGGGAAGUAGUAACCCAGUUAUCAAUUUCUUUCAAGGCAUAACAAUUCCUAAUAUCAAUCAAAAUCAAAAACCUACAAAUGGACAAGAAAAUCGACCUGCUGGAGUCCAAGCUGAUCCCGUUGCAGCUGCUUCACCCACAUCCACAUCUGCCCCCUGGGGACCACAAGCUUUACUUCAACAAGUCCAAAACACGUGGCAAAGUAUCGUAAAUCCAGGACAAAACGUACAACAGGACCCUCCGCAACCCCAGCAACCUGCACAGCAACCAGCCAACAACGGGCCCUUCGCACAAGCUUUCCAAAAUAUAUACCAGCUUAUACAAAGGCCAGGUCAAAUAUUUACACAGCAGCCACAACAACAACAGCCACAGCAACAACAACAACCCCAACAACAACAACCCCAACAACAGCAACCUCAACAACAACAAUCAGCACCGCCCACACCUGUGCAAGAAUCACCUUCUGUUAGCGUAAGCGCUAUCCCGGAAAAUCCUCAAAAUGAAGUCCCUCAAGCAGACUCCAGCCCUGUGGCCCCUGCUAUAGCCGACGCAGUUCCAGCAGUACCUCAGCAAGCACAAGUAUCAACUCAAACUACUCAAGGCAGUCCUAUUCAACAACUUGUGCAAAAUAACCCCAUCAUUAAGGGAAUUCAAAGUGCUGUACAGAGAUUUCAAGGAACCCCGAACCCUGAAACACCGAGAAACGAUGUCAUCAACGAGGAAAUCAAAGAGAACACUAAACUCAAGGGAGGACCCGGCUAUAACGGAAACCAAGGCGAUCAUAGCUGCAGCGGGGUAGAGGAGGUUAAAGAAGAGUUAAAGGAAGUAGUUGGAAUUGUCAAGGUCAAUGAAGCAGUUUUAGAAGAAAUUAAAGAAGAAGUUGCGAAACUACCAUCGCCUUCAGAUAAGACUGAAUAAGUCGUAGUGUGAUACAGUAGUCUGCGUAGUUUAUUUAUUAAGUAAUUUUAAUGUAAAUAAUAAAUUAAAAAUGUGUUCCCUUGAAUCUAAUAAAAGGAUUAUUGGAACAUUUAAA